UACUACUUGAAAUUGGGUUAUUGCAUGUAAAAGCCGGUCUAUUGUGUGCGGUGGGGGAGGGGAAACAGGAAUCUAUUUCUCAGACUUUGCUAUAUAUAAGCAAAAAACCCUCCAAAUCAAAUUAUACAGGCAGUUAUUUAAGGAUGCUACAUAUUGACUUUGUAAAUUUUACAUUAAUCACUGACUUAGCUUUUGUUUAAGAGAUCAUAUUUAUUAAAAGGUGGGUCUUGACCUUGACCGAGUGAAUUUAAUACAGAAAGUAAAAUUUGUGUUAUUUUAAAAGACCUUUCUGAAAAAAAAUGGAGUGUUUUGUUAUAACAUUUUGAGAAUUUAAUAGUAUAGUAUUACUAUUAAUUAAAGCCAUUAUAAAAUAUUCUGAGUCUAGGUUACUUUUUGGCUUGGGGAUUUAAUGCAGUUUAAGCUAAAGGCAUUAACAAAAGUGUUGAAUACAAGCAAUAAGAAUCUCUGGGUGAUACUAAAGUUAUAAUCCAGUACAUAUUUCAGCCAUGAUGAUAAAGCUAUUGUAAGGAAAAUUCUAGCUUAUCAAAGCACUGAAAUUCCAGAAGUACAAUGGUCUACUGCAGCACUGUCAGAAGGAGGUAGGAAAAUGUCUCUGUGACCACCCUCUUUGGCAGGGAUGGAACUUCGUGCUGUCUGACUCCAAGGUCCACUCUGCUCUCUGUGCUCUAUUUAUAACACUAAUCAAAGCCAUUGUUUUAGAUAGAGGGAACUGAGGAAAAUAAAAGCAUCCAAAGCAAGCUUUACUGAUAGUAGCAGGCAGUCCCUGGUGCAUGCUCUAUUAUACUGGGCUGGGUUUUUUCUAGGGGAGGGGAAGAGGCAGGGAAGAGAGGAAUAGAAAGUACAGUGAUUGAGAGAAGGGAAGUGUUUUCCUAAGCUCACUGUGCUCUUCGUAUAUAAAACUUUGAAAUGAAAGAUGGUAUCUGUUAAGUACUUUAAUGAUAGCUUUAAUAAAACAGAACUGUGAAUCCAACUUCUUGUCUGUUAUCCUUUGUGUAAUAGUUAAGAGCGAUACCACCUCCAUUUUAAGAGUUGUUAUUUUGAAUAGUCCAAAGGCAGAACUGUUGUGUGUGUCUGAAUGCCCUUUACAAAUGUCCCAAGGAAGAUGCUUCUCCAGUAUAUGAGUUAAUUAACUAUAUUAAAUAUAUUAAUAACUUUAUUGCAAUUGUACUGAAUCAUCAUCUAAAAAUAAUUAUAUGUUUGGUCAUAGCUCCUUUAACAUUUCAAAAUAUUUGUUUGCAAGGUCUCAGCCCUGUAAUAUUCAGAUAUUUAAAGUAAUUAAACAUAUUCUGAGACAAGCUCAUUCAGUGAUAACUACAUGCAUGGAAAUCUCUUGGUUUUGAGUGAUUACUGUUUUCAUCCUUGAGUAAGAAAACAGGUUGUAUGACAGAGGUGAAUAUAGCCCUUCUAUGUGAAGUGGAAAAUACCAUACACUCCUUAUAUGGCUAAAUGAAGCAGUGAGGGUAAUGUACUAUAAUUACAAUGUAUGAGAAUUUGGGACUUUGUACUCCUCUAUUUUUAACAGUUGCUAGCAUAUGGUAAUUCAGGGUCGUCAAACCAUAGUCUUUCAUUGCUAAUACUAGUGAUAAAAGAAUGGAUUCUAAAUUUGCCUGUCUUGUGACCGAGGCAGCAGCAGGAGGAUUCAAAAAUGAAAAUCUGGCGACCCCAGCAUUAUCUUGACUGUCUACUUAAAUCUCAGAUGCAUUUUAAAGUCCCGCCCCUCUCCAUCUCACAGCCUCCUCCCCUCCUCCCUCCCCACCUUCCUCCCUCUGACCUCAAAUCCAACCAGAAGCAUUUCUCCACUCUGCAGAGAAUUUCUCAGGCUCCCGUAGAGACCUGAAAUGCCAAGAAGCCAGUAAAUCACUUGGGUGGCAGAGCUGGAGAGGAGAAAAUCGGAGAAUAAGUAGAAAACCACAAUCCUUAGAGUAAUAAGAAGCAAACACUUCUAAACAUUUAACUGCGCAAACCAUGCAGGAUGAUUUACUGAUGGACAAAAGCAAAACCCAGCCCCAGUCUCAGCAGCAGCAGCAGCAGCAGCAGCAGCGGCAGCAGCAGCAGCAGCAGCAACAGCUCCAGCCCGAGCCCGGCGCAGCCGAAGCCCCGUCCACGCCCCUCUCCUCAGAGACCCCCAAGCCUGAAGACAGUAGCGCAGUGCCGGCCCUCAGCCCCGCCUCGGCUCCGCCAGCCCCCAACGGCCCCGACAAGAUGCAGAUGGAGUCGCCGCUCCUGCCGGGCUUGAGUUUCCAUCAGCCCCCUCAGCAGCCGCCGCCGCCGCAGGAGCCCGCGGCACCCGGAGCGUCGCUGUCGCCGUCCUUCGGCAGCACCUGGUCAACGGGCACUACGAACGCGGUGGAGGACAGCUUCUUCCAGGGGAUCACCCCAGUCAACGGGACCAUGCUCUUCCAAAACUUCCCGCACCACGUCAACCCGGUCUUCGGAGGCACCUUCUCGCCGCAGAUCGGCCUGGCGCAGACCCAGCACCAUCAGCAGCCGCCGCCGCCCGCGCCACAGCCGCCGCAGCCUGCGCAGCCCCCGCAGGCGCAGCCCUCGCAGCAACGCCGGUCUCCCGCCAGCCCCAGCCAGGCGCCCUAUGCGCAGAGGAGCGCCGCCGCUUAUGGCCACCAGCCCAUCAUGACCAGCAAGCCGUCUUCAUCCUCGGCCGCCGCGGCUGCUGCGGCCGCGGCCGCCGCCUCUUCGGCCUCGUCCAGCUGGAACACGCACCAAAGCGUGAACGCCGCCUGGAGUGCUCCGUCCAACCCGUGGGGUGGCCUGCAGGCGGGCCGAGACCCUCGCCGCGCGGUCGGCGUGGGCGUGGGCGUAGGUGUGGGGGUACCAUCCCCGCUUAACCCCAUCUCGCCGCUCAAAAAGCCCUUCUCCAGCAAUGUGAUCGCUCCACCCAAGUUCCCUCGUGCAGCCCCGCUCACCUCCAAGUCUUGGAUGGAGGAUAACGCUUUCCGGACCGAUAAUGGUAACAAUCUGUUGCCUUUUCAGGACCGGAGUAGGCCCUAUGACACUUUUAACUUGCACUCCUUGGAGAACUCCUUAAUGGAUAUGAUCAGGACUGAUCAUGAGCCUCUGAAAGGUAAACACUACCCUCCCAGUGGCCCACCAAUGAGUUUCGCUGAUAUAAUGUGGAGGAAUCAUUUUGCAGGACGCAUGGGAAUAAACUUCCAUCAUCCAGGAACAGAUAACAUUAUGGCCCUUAACACCAGGAGCUAUGGGCGGAGACGAGGUCGAUCUUCUCUCUUUCCCUUUGAAGACGCCUUCUUGGAUGACAGCCAUGGUGAUCAGGCCUUAUCAUCUGGCUUAAGUUCUCCCACUCGAUGUCAAAAUGGGGAACGAGUGGAACGCUACUCUAGAAAAGUGUUUGUUGGAGGCCUUCCUCCUGACAUCGAUGAAGAUGAGAUCACUGCCAGCUUUCGCAGGUUUGGACCUCUCGUGGUGGACUGGCCUCAUAAAGCGGAGAGCAAGUCGUACUUCCCUCCUAAAGGCUACGCCUUCCUGCUGUUCCAGGAGGAGAGCUCGGUGCAAGCGUUGAUAGACGCCUGCCUAGAGGAGGAUGGGAAACUGUACCUGUGUGUGUCCAGCCCCACCAUCAAGGAUAAACCGGUGCAAAUCCGACCGUGGAACCUAAGUGACAGUGACUUUGUAAUGGAUGGCUCUCAGCCUUUGGACCCCAGAAAAACUAUCUUUGUUGGGGGAGUUCCACGACCCCUUCGAGCUGUUGAACUGGCAAUGAUAAUGGACCGUUUGUACGGUGGUGUUUGCUAUGCUGGCAUUGAUACAGACCCAGAGCUGAAGUACCCAAAAGGUGCUGGGCGUGUUGCGUUCUCCAAUCAGCAGAGCUACAUUGCAGCCAUCAGCGCGCGCUUUGUACAGCUUCAACACAACGACAUUGACAAACGGGUGGAGGUGAAGCCGUACGUGCUGGAUGAUCAGAUGUGUGACGAGUGUCAGGGCACACGCUGCGGUGGGAAGUUCGCCCCGUUCUUCUGUGCCAACGUCACCUGUCUGCAGUACUACUGUGAAUACUGCUGGGCCAGCAUCCACUCCCGAGCCGGCCGUGAGUUCCACAAACCACUGGUGAAGGAGGGAGGCGACCGCCCUCGGCAUGUCCCAUUCCGCUGGAGCUGAGCCCCAGGCCGACACAGCUACAAGUACUGGAGUAGAUCACAAGGAGGAAGAGAGGGCACUGCCUCAGGGCUCAUGGUGUUCUGGAAAUCUGUGCAUUCGUUCUCGAUUUUUAAAGAAGAAAUGGGUCUUUUUAUUAUUAUUAUUAUUAUUAUUAUUAUUAUUAUUAUUAUUAUUAUCAUUUACAGUCAUCUUCCUGAACUCAGCGUGCAGUAUAACGCAGAACCGCAGAGUGUGUGUGGUACCCAUUGCACUUUGACUCACACCUUGUCUGCCUGGUACCUUGAUUUCUCACACCCGAUCUGUCACCUCCACAGUACGCAGACUGCCAUUCUCAUCCGCAGCCGUCAGGUUGACGUCUGCGACCCUGUGUUCGAUGUUGUGUUGUCGUUGCUCUGAUUGGUCUUGAACUGGAGCACGUGCUUAUUUCAAAGACUUAGAGAGUCCCCCUAGGACAAGACUCACCCCAGGCCACACAUGUACGGAGAGGCCGCUGUAGCAAACACCUCACGAUCAGCAGUCAGUAGUGGGGUCAGUAGAGUGAGGCCAGCCCUUAGUGGAAAUAAGCCCGCCGUUGCUCUGGCUUUGACAUGUAUGGAUACCUCACAGGUUGGGUUUCCGUUUCCUUCAUGUUCGAUUUUGUUUUGCUGAGGAUUUGGGUUAUCUUUUAGUGUUAUGUACAUUUAUGCUGCAAUAGCUUUUGCUGCUAUUAAAAUGGUAUUGUUGAUACCAUAAUACUCUAUUCAGGAUAAGGUAUCAAUUAAAAACAAAAACAAGAACCCAACAACACACUUUUGUGGUUUCGGGAUAGAGCCAGCUGCCGGAGGGAGACCAGAGAGACCAGAGAGAGCGCCAUCGGAGGCCGCCGUUCCUGACUGCAUGCUUACUUAAUGCGGUUGCUGCAUGCGAUAAAUUUUAUAUCCAAUGUCUAGUCUAAACCUUCCACAAUGCACAAAUCAAGAAUCUAUAUAAGCUAUAAAAUACUCAUUCUUUACAAAGGGUUUCUUUUUCAUGCACAGAGUUGGUAAUCUGGGAGGAAGGCAUGCCUCCGUGCGUGGGUGUGCAGGGAGGCUCCGCACAGGACGGCCAUUAGUAAACCAAUAGAAAACCUAGUGUAGGAUGCUCUUGCAGCAAACCCGUGGGCGGUAGGCGAAGUACCGCGGUGCUCUGUUACAUAUCGUGCAAUUUAUUUAUAUAGUGAAGUGACUGUGCUUAACUGUGAUCCAACGUACCUGUCCACGCCUCUGUGUCAGACAUCAUGUCUGACCAUCCACAGUGGAUUAUUAACACAUGAGCUCUGAGUGCUUGUAGACUUCGUCCAGAACGCCAAAGAGCUCACCUCAGCUCACAGACACUGAGAACACACAGUAUCUAGAACACGCCGGCAGGCUGACACGGAGGCACAGAGCUAAGGAGGCCACUCGAGGGUGAUGCUAAAGCAAGAUGGCCGGCCUGGGCAGACAGGGCCUUCUGUGAGCCGUUAACAACUUAGUUCCCUGGAUGUAUCCUGUUUAGGCUGACUAGAGCGAAGCCCUGCUCACGCUAGCGUGGACGCUCUUUUAGUGCUCACUCCUGGGCUGCAGAGAGUAAUGGAGACACGCAUGGUGAUCGCAAGACUCUGUAAAGCUUUUAAUCCCUUCUUCCUUGGUUUUGAAUUCUGGGACAAUCUGACUGGAUGUGGCCCUGCAGAGUAGACUGAAGUCAAUGUGUCUUUGUCCUGUGAUGUCCUUGUUCCGUCCUGAAGUUAGUGUUGCGUGGUUUUGUUAUAGUUUGUUCUUUUCCUCCCCAAUGUUUAGUUGUGAAUACUGGCUCUCCAGCUACAGUUUGUUUUCAAAAAAAAAAAAAAAAGGAGAAACAAAAUAGUUUUUUACUGAAUUAAAAGAUGCCUAUUAGAACCCUUCCCUUCCGGGUUUUCUCUGGCCUUUGGUAAUGAUGGCCUUUCUGCAGCCCAGAUGUGGUUUGGUUUGGUUUGGUUCCCUUUUCUAUGUUUGUGUUUGACUUUUCUUUUCAUCUGUAUGGGACUUUUGUUACGCACUACUUUUUAUAUUCUAGAACGUUUUCAAAGGUCGGCUGGUGAUUUUUGCUUGUUUGUUUUUAAGGAAAAAGGCAUGCUUUCUGACUGACAUGAUCUUUUGCAAUACCUCAAUUUUGAAAUAUAGGAAAGAAAAUGAUAUUUUCUAAGUAAGUUUAUUCAGAAAAUAUAUAUUAAUUUAAUUCUGCAAGAAAAUGAUUUAACAGAUGGGUAACUUUAUUUUUUUCAUGCUUAUUUGUGUUUUUUGAAAAUGAAGAAGUUAGAGCUUUAUAACUAUAAUAUUAAAGACCAUAUCUAACCUACAGAAAUCUACCUAAUUAUGUGAGAGAUGCAAAUGUUUGGAAGAAGCACCCCUCUUUCAUGUACUAAAAUAACCCUGAGCUCUAGAGGAGCCGGAAGACUGCCCAGCGUAUGUAACGCGAAGGCCACAGUGUCGCAGAGACCAGGCUGUCAGAGAGACUCCACUUGGUGCUGGGGCUGUGACUUAGGUGAUGGAAACUACUUUCCCUUAAUUUGUAUAUUUAUAAUCAAGUGUUGAUUGUGUGACUGACCAGGAUUGUGAAAGAGUUCUUCUGUUUGUAUUUUUUUAAAGAGAACUUUUUUAGUUUAUUAAAUUAUAACAUGUUCCCUUUUGUUUUGUAAAUAAAUGUGCCCCCCCCCAAGUUCUUAAUGUUAUAUUAAAAGAGAGGGUCCUUCAAAAAAAUUAUUUUUUAAAAAAACAGAGGUGUUCUGCCCUGCAACUUGACUGGGAAGCCCCUGGGUAACACAGGUCCUGCUGUGGCCUUUCCUCGAUGGGACACUUGAACUAGUGGAUUUUUUGAAGGCUGUAACUAACCUCGACUCUUUGUUGUUACGUGCAAUACUGUUUGUACUGUUUGUAUAAAAAAUAGAAAAAAAAGAAAAGAAAAAAGGCAUAGAUCUUUAUUGCAGACUUAUUUUCAUUCAGACUUUAGACAUUGUGACUCAGCUCAUUUUCUACUGCUCACGCACCCUUCCCCCAUGCUGGUAUUUUUUCAAUAGUGACGUAGCCUUUGUACUAAGACAAAUUUUCAUUGUUAUUUUUAGAAAGAUUUUUUGCUAAGAAAAAAAUUAAACAUAUUUACAUAUUUUUCAUUUUAUUUCGUAUUUUCUUUAAGGAGUGCUUUCUCAAUCAUUACUAGAGUUGUUUCUGGGAGGGACUUUCAUAUCUGGUCAACGUCAUAAUAUUAUUUUGUAUUUUUACUUGGAAUAAAUUAAUUUUAUGAUGCUAAUUCUUUAAAAGUUUAUUUUUUUCAUUUUCGGUUAUUUUUGAAGCUAAAGCCUUUGUAAUAUUGUUACUAAAGCGUCUAGUUUUUUGAAACGCAGAGCUUUCUGUAUAACUCGCCGAUGUGGUUUACAAUAGUGUCAGCGGUGGAAACGGUUGGUUCUGUAAAGCAACUGGGACUGUAACGGACAAUUGGACAAUAAAACGACAGAAUGAGCAGAACGUG